AUGAAGACUAUUGUGUUAGGACUGUUGGUUGUCAUCUGUAUUCAGUGUACAUUGUCAUACGUUCAUAAUAAGGAUGAUCGAGUAAUGAAAAAGUUAACAGGAUCAAAUGCUAACGUGGAGCAGUUUCUUGUUGAAAAUAAAGAUAUUCUAGGAAAACCACGGCGUAAACAUCGUCACCAUAGAAGAAGGGGUAGUCGUAGAAGAUGUAAACAUGGCCACUGUGGAAAUAAUCAUCGUAAUUCAUAUCGCAGUGGAAUAUCUGGUUCACUAGGUGGUCAAGGUUAUCGUGGCGGAAAUGGAGGAGGAAUGUCACCAUUUGGUGGACAAAAUAUUGGAACACUUCAACAACAAAGUAGAGGUCUAGGUGGUAUGUUUGGCCAACCACUUGGUGGUAUAAGAAGUGGAGGUCUUGGUGGGAUCUUCGGACAACAAGGUGGAGGUAUGGGUGGUAUGCUUGGUAAUCCACUUGGUGGGGUUCUUGGACAACAACGUGGAGGUAUGGGUGGUGUGCUUGGUAAUUCACUUGGUGGGGUUCUUGGACAACAACGUGGAGGUAUGGGCGGUGUGCUUGGUAAUCCACUUGGUGGAAUCCUUGGACAGCAAGGUGGAGGUAUGGGCGGUGUGCUUGGUAAUGCACUUGGUGGGGUUCUUGGACAGCAAGGUGGAGGUAUGGGUGGAAUGCUUGGUGGUAUUAAAGGUGCUGCUAUAGGUCAGAUGGUUUCCGGGCUUGGUGGUGGUGGUGGUGGAGGCAUUCUUAAAGGACUUCUGGGUUAA